UGCAUCAAACAUUGAUGGCGUUUCAUCUUCUUAAUAUGAAAAUAUGUAUUUUUAGUCCCUAAAAAUAAACAGCGUCAAUUUUUUUGGUGAGGUAGCUAACCCUCCUCCUGCCACAUAUUCUGCCAACUUGACUAAUCUCUGCCACGUUUGUUUUUUAAUUUUGGGAAAAAGCCCCAAAUUGAAAAAAUUUUGGAAAAAAGCCCCAAAUUGAAAGCCCCCUCUUUCGCCAUGGAGGGAUUAACCAUUUCACUGAAAUCAUUUUGGCAUUUAUCAUGGAGAAUUAGUCGAGAAUCUAUACCCUCAUGUGCUUUUCAAUAUCUAUUCUCCAUCCUGCACAAAGACUUAAAUCGAAGAAUUGCUUCCUUUCAUUCUGUAGCUUCGAUGGAGUUCUUUAUAGCGCAAAAAAAUCAUUGGAGACGCGUGUUGGUUUCUCGCUGGUGGAGGUGUGAAAGCUUCUUUCGCGGUGGGUUUCGCUUGCGGCGGUGGUGCCUUUCGCUGCUCUUACAUUUGGCGUUCUGUACGACUUCUACAACUAUAGACCUGGCAAGCCCAAGUAUAAUCAUCUGCUGAAUGAAUUCAUGCUAGUUUGGGAGUUGACUUGGGUGAGGGCAGCGAGGAGGGAGGAGAGGAGUGUGGGAUUGAGACGAUGUUGUUCGUCGCUUUCGCAGGUUAGGAUUAGAACGAAAACUGAUCCUCUCUUCUCUAACGUGCACCCCAUGGUAGCUGAGAGUAGUUCUGUUUGACUCAUGGGUUAACCAUCCUCUGUAAAAAGAAAAAAAAAGUCUUGUUUUU